ACUCUGGCGAGUCUCAGACGGACAGUGUCGUCAGUCGUAGGAAUAGCGCGCCACUGUUCACGAUGUCCGCGCGCACGCGCGUAGUUCCGCCGCUGUGGGUGAGGGUGCUGUUGCUGAUGCUGCCAGCUCGCGGCUCGCUGCUGCCGCUGGACGUGGAGCGACUACGCGCCUCAGUUGGCGGCUACGCCGUCAUGAACUGCCACCUGGACUUCCCCUUCGGCAACGAGAUUCCCUACCACCUGGCCUGGGAUAAAGAUGGUGAGACGAUAUUCUCGUGGUACAGCGGCAACGGCGCCCCCGUCGUGGCCGACCGGUGGGGCGGGCGAGUGUGGCGUGUUGAAGCCCCGGGGGGCCCCGGUGGUGGAGGACGCGCAGCCCUCGGAGGAGGAUCACUCAAUGUGACGUCAGUGAGGGAGACUGACGCGGGCUUGUACCGCUGCCUGGUGACUUUCCCAAACCGCACGCCGCCCUCCAGGAACAACGGCACCUUCUACUAUCUGGACGUGGAUGGUGGUAACCUGAUAAUGUCGCCGCCGCUGAACCGCACUGUAGUGGAGGGAGAGCAUGCGGAGCUGGAGUGUCUGCCCAGGAGUCCCGAGUGGAACGUCCAGUGGGUCAGGGAGGGUGGCAGCCAGCCAGCCGGGCAACGUGCAGCCAAUGGCAGCCUGGUGCUGCAAGCCGCCACCAGCGCCGACCGCGGCUGGUACGAGUGCCACGUCUCCGCCGAAGACGGACAGCGGCAGAGUGCCUCGGCCUUCCUGGAUGUGCACUAUAAAGCGAAGGUGGUGUACUCCCCGAAGGAGCGGCACCUCCCACUCGGCAAGCCGGCUAGCCUCGACUGCCACUUCAGUGCCAACCCGCCGCUCACAAAUCUCCGCUGGGAGAAGGACGGAUUCCUGUUCGAUCCCUACAACGUGCCUGGAGUGUUCUACAGUCGCAACGGGAGUCUACUCUUCAAUAAGGUGGACGAGAGCCACGAGGGCGUGUACUCGUGCACGGCGUACAACGCGUUGGGGUCGGGUGGCGCUUCAGGCGGCGUGCGGGUACGCGUUCUGCGGCCCCCUGAACUGGCACUCCGCCCUGCGCCGCUGUACCUGGCCCGCUUGGGCGCCACGCUCGCGCUGCCGUGUCAGCCUGCGCCUACUGCCGACCCACUGGCGCCGCCUCCGGUUGUCUCUUGGACCAGGAAGGAUGGUAGGCCGCUGCCCGAGGGGCGGCACUCGCUCGAAGACGGUAACCUGACGCUGGUGGACAUCGCGGAGGAGGACCGCGGGGUUUACGAGUGCACGGCUAGUAAUGAAGCGGCGGCCGCGCGCGCUCUCACCGAGCUGAUGAUCGAAAACGUGCCUCCACGAGCACCCUACAACCUCACAGCACGCCCGGGUGUGUCUGACAUCCACCUGACCUGGCUCCCAGGGCAUGGUGGCGCUGAGAUGGAGUAUACGGUGUGGUACCGAAGGCGUGCGGAUCGUGAGUGGCGUACUAUGCGGCUACUGACGCGCGGCGUCACGGAUGCCACUCUGCUGCAGCUACGACCGGGCGCCGAGUACGAGCUACGGGUUCUGGCGCAGGACCGCUUGGGAGAUGGACUCUUCAGCCAGCCGAUAUUCGUCAACACGCUCGGCGCAGAGAUGGAGGAAAUUGAGAGUGUUGGAGUGGCUGCGGCAGUGACGGAGGGGGGCGGCGGUAUCGAUGGCAGUGGUGACGAAGAUGCCACGCAGGAGUUGGACGUGAGCGUGCGACUGUUGGAAGAGGGUGCGCUUGUGCGUUGGAGCGGCGUGCGGCCUGGUGAACGCUGCGAGGUGCGCUGGUACGGCGAGGGUGAGGUGGAGGGUGAACGGCUGCUGGCCUCCAUGCAUACCAGCCAUGACUACAUGCUGCUUGGUGCCUCGAUCGCGCCCGAGUUGGAAGGCGGGGCGUAUCGCGCGCGCGUACGCUGCGGGAGCGCCGCCGGCCACGCAGCGCUGCACGUGCCGCAGUAUGCUCGUCUGCGGACCGUGGCGGUGGGCGUGGCGGCGGGAGCGCUGCUGCUAGCUGCACUGGCUGCGGCGCUGCUCGUGUGGCGGCGCCGCUCCGCGCGCUCAUCCCGCGACUCGCGUACCGCGCGCCUUCAUAAGCGACCGCGCUGACACAACGUCGGCGCUCGUUGACCCGUUGUUGGCUCCGUGCCGCACAACAUUGUAACUUAGGCCUAUCGCAGACACACUUUUUCUGCUAUCGAGUCCGGGGCACACAAAUAGUCUGCAUUGCGCGGCAAAAUGUCUUUGGCAGAUAUUACACAGACUCAACACACACUUUCGGUCAUUUUGUCGGUUAGUAGGAUAUUGUAACACGCUAUCUUCUAUUAACGCUCAUUUCAUAGAAGGAAUUUGUAUUGUACCCAAUAAAAUAUUGAAUUGAGUGUACUCAGUUAUUGAAUUAAUGCACACGACGUACACUUUCGGUCAUUUUGUCGGCAGGACGUACACGCAAUGGAAGUACGGAGAUUGCGGUGUAUUAUUUCAUACUUGAGAUUUAAAAAAAGAAGACGAAAAAAAAAGAAAAGAAAAUUUUGGGUUCAUCCUAUUCUUUCAGAAAGAUUAUUAAAGGGACUAUUAAAUAUUAAACAUUCAGUUAUAAAACUCUAUCCAAAUUAAUUUGCACACAAUUUUCUUUUUAAAUUUCUGUCAUGAUACUCUGCCAAAGAUACAGUGCUGGUCUGUUUUCUGUUUGUUGAAUGAAAAUCGAUACAUCGAUGUCUAGCGCCAUGAUACACGUCAAUCACUAGCGAGUGCAGACUAGACUAAAGUGAGCGUCUUCUGCGUUAGCGCGUGAAGACGCAAACGUUAUAUUUUUUGGUGCACUUUUUUUAUGUCUGUCAGAUCCACGAGAAUGAUUUGUGUGGCAGAGUUUUUGGCGUCGUAUGCGUUACUGCACAUAAUUCUAUCGGUUUUAUUAUCACAGACUAAUAAGUGCGUCACGGAUAAUCUGUCGUCUGCGAUAGGCCUUAUGGACAUUAUUCAGACGAAGCGUGUGCCACAUGGUGUUCUCUGUUUGUAUAUUUUGUUUUCAAACCAUCAUCUCUCAGCGUAGGACUAUUGAAUAAUGUUACAUCUAAUUUUAAUUAAUGUCAUAGUAUAUUAUUUAUUAAAAUUUUUGUUAAA